UCACAAUCAUUGCUAUGUCAUACAUCAUCCACGUAAGUCAGGUUAAAACAUUUUACGUACUAGUGCAUCUCAGACAAUUAGAAUAUUGUGGAAAAGCUGAAUAUUUUCCAUCAGUUAUUUAAAGAAAGUGAGAAUUUUUAAUAUGUUAUAGACUCAUCAUUACAUAUAAACAUGUUUCAAGCAUUUUUCUAUUUUAAUUUUGAUAAUUUAUGGCCUACGGUGCAAAAAAUCCCAAAAUAUUAGAGUAUUUUAUUUCAAGUUUGAGUAAAACUGAAAAUCCUGUGUAUCUCGCAGUCUAGUUCAGUACAUGCAACCACAAUCAUGGGGAAGACUGCUCAUUUGACAGUUGUCCAGAAGAUGAUUUAUCAACAUCCUCCACAAUGAUGGUAAGCCAUAGAAGGUCAUUGCUGAAAAGGGUGGCUGGAAAAGGUGCACAAGCAACAGGGAUGACCGCAGCCUUGAGAGGAUUGUCAAGAAAAGUCGAUUCAAGAACUUUGGAGAGCUUCACAAGGAGUGGACUGAGGCUGGUGUCAGUGCAUCAAGAGCCACCACACACAGACAUCUUCAGGAAAGAUGUCACAUUUCCUAAUAUCAAGCCACUCCUGAACCAGACACAUCAUCAGAAGCAUCUUACCGGGGGCUAAGGAGAGAAAGACCUGGACUGUUGCUCAGUGGUCCAAAGUCCUCUUUUCAGAUGGAAGUAAAUUUUACAUUUCAUUUGGAAAUCAAGGACCUAGAGUCUGGAGGAAGAGUGGAGAGGCACAGAAUCCAAGGUGUUUGAAGUCCAGUGUGAAGUUUCUGCAGUCUGUGAUUUGGGGUGCCAUGUCAUCUGCUGGUGUUGGUCCACUCUGUUUUAUCAAGUCCAAAGUCCACACAGCUGUCUGCCAGGAGAUUUUGGAGCACGUCAUGCUUCCAUCUGCUGACGAGCUUUAUGGAGAUGCAAAUUUCCUUUUCCAGCAGGACUUGGCACCUGCCCACAGUGCCAAAACUAUGACCAAAUGGUUUGCUGACCAUGAUAUUACUGUGCUUGAUUAGCCAUCCAACUUGCCUAACCUGAACUUCAUAGAGCAUCUAUGGUGUAUUUUUAAGAGGAAGACUAGAAACCCCUGACCCAAAAAAAUACAGAUGAACUGAAGGCCGCCAUCAAAGCAACCUGGGCUUCAGUAACACCUCCGCAGUGCUACAGACUGAUCACCUCCAUGCCAAGCCACAUUGAUGCAGUAAUUCAUGGUAAAGGAGCCCCAGCCAAGUAUUGAGUGUAUAAAUGAACAUACUGUUCAGAGGUUGGACAUUUUUUUUCUGUAUUGUAAAUCCUUUUUUUGAUCUUAGGAAAUAUUCUGAGAUACUGGAUUUCUAAUUUUCAUGAGCUGUAAUCCAUAAUUUAAAAAAAAAGGCUUGAAAUUUCACUUGAUGUGUAAUGAAUAUAGAAUAUAUAAAAGUUAACCACUUUUUUUUUUUAAAUGAAAAUUUUCAUAAUAUUCUAAUUGAGAUGCACGAAUAAUAAUAAUAAUUGUAUGUCGCUGUAAGGAGUUUGUAGAGUUACAUUUGCUAGUCAGUAUUAACAAAAACACAAGUUAAAAAUAUUAAGGGUUUUAUAACCAGGGCUUCCAAAAACAGGAAGUGAGGCACUAACAUCUAUUAAGUCUCACACUGGGCUCAGAAAUCAGCAGCAGUGCAACAGGUGAACAUGUCUGCCGGAGAAGAUUCAAUAGUAUAUACACCACUAUGCCAAGGGUUUCUGAAGAAAAGAAAAGAUAAAAUAAGACUGAGGUGGGUUACUUACUGGUUCAAACUUCAUAACUCAACCCUUCUCUUCUACAACAGCAAACAUGGGAAUAUUGCGGACCUCAGAGGACAGUAUUACCUGAUUGAGAUCGAGUCUGUGCAUGAGGUAACAUGGACUAAGAAAAAGCACUAUAUUUUUGAGAUUGCUCUGAAAAACGGGAAGAGGAAAGUCUUGGCUGCAGAAACGGCAGAUCUCAGACAACACUGGAUGUGCCAGCUUUUGCAAGCCAUGAACCAUCAUGUGUAUAAGACCACUGAGCCGAACUCUAACUGGAAGAACGCCCCAUAUCACAUGUGCAGUACCUCACAGUUAGAUGUGAGCAAUGAACUGGUCAGAAGGCAGCACUCUGAGCCUGACUCCCAUCUGUACUCACCCAGCAUGCACUCUGCCGCUGUUAUACCAUCCACCACCACCUUACAUAUCUACACUGAUCUUGACGUGUCUUGUGUUGAGAUCAGCCAAUGCACAGAGGAUGAAGUCAAGGAUGACGUGACUGACCUCGAGAAUGCCUAUGAUGUCCUGCCACUUUACAAACCCCUGCAUUCUGAGGAAAGCAUUUAUGAUACGCCUCGAUCAAAUCGGCGAGCCAGUGAGCGAGAAUAUGAAACAACCGAAAGCAUCUAUGACAUCCCAACGUAUGCCUUUCGGGAAAAGUCAGCGAAUGAAAGCUCCUGUGCGAAAGAGAGACCAGAGCUUACAGGUCUCCUUCAGGACAUGGUGGCAUGUUUAGGGGGAAAUGCUACAGAAUGGGUCCGAACAACUGCUCCAGGAGCCAUUUGUCAACCUUAGUAACACUGUAAAGACAUGCAUUUAUUAUGAUAAACUUUAGACAUCAGUUUGCAGUCAUUCCUGUAUACACUUGUAUAUGAUUGAAUGUAUUUCUCAUUUACUUCCCAAUAGUAAUAAUUUCAUAUUGAAUUCCCUGACAUUUGAUAUUCUUUUUAUGCAAAAUGGUUUUUCAUAAUAUGCAUGAGAUCAGGGUGGUCAGGUCACCAUUUUGAUAGGGAGACUGACCCUGGGGCUCCCAAGGUGCAAAAUAGAAAAGUGUUGACCUUAUCGUCCUCACAUUGCCUGGAGUUUGAAUCCAGGUGAUGCCACAGCCAUCCAAGUGUGUUACAGUGGUGCUUGAAAGUUUGUGAACCCUUUAGAAUUUUCUAUAUUUCUGCAUAAA